CACAAUGGUAAAGGCAUCUAUAUUCAUUAUUUGCUUGUGUACAGUAGGAAUGACUGUUUGCGUUACUUUAGAGAAUCUUUUUACCAAACCAUAUCACAACUAUGGGGUAAUGACGAAGAUAUUGAAAGGUAUAAACGACACACUACCACACCUAGUAAAGUUAUACAGUAUAGGAAAAUCUGUUCGAGGACGAGAACUGUGGGUGCUUGCCAUUGGAUACAACAUGAGUGGUAAUAUGGAGUUACGUCCCAGUGUGAAAUAUAUCGGCAAUAUGCAUGGAAAUGAGGUUGUGAAUAGAGAAAUGCUCCUUAUGCUUUCGACACAUUUAAUAGACCAAUACCAAAGUAACAGUACUAUACAGAAAUUCCUCAAUACAACAGUGGUACACAUUAUGCCAUCCAUGAACCCAGACGGAUAUGCAAAAGCCUUAAAAGGAGAUUGCCAUGGUGUUAUUGGAAGGUAUAAUGCUGCUGGAAUCGACUUGAAUAGAAAUUUUCCUGACCUAUGGUUUAACAAGAGUGAGAAGCCAAUUGCUAAGGAAACCCGUGCUGUGAUGGAUUGGUUACCUCAACACAAUUUUGUCCUGUCAGCUAACCUGCAUGGAGGCGCAAUGGUUGCUAAUUAUCCAUUUGAUACCUAUAAAACUGAAUAUAGACACUCUGGUUCGUCAGUGAGUCCAGAUGAUGAUACAUUUAGGUUCUUGGCCUUGACUUAUUCAAGGUCACAUGCCAACAUGGCAAUAAACCAAGGGAGAGAAUGUCUUGGUGAUUAUUUUCCAGAUGGCAUAUCAAACGGAGCUGCGUGGUAUGAUAUGCAUGGUGGCAUGCAAGACUACAAUUACUUGAAACAUGGUAUUUUCGAACUCACUUUAGAAAUUUCUUGUUGUAAAUAUCCAAAUGCUUCCGAAAUUGAAUACUACUGGAUAGAAAAUCGAUGGGCUUUAAUAAAUCUGCUUAUGGAAGUACAUAGAGGUGUAAAAGGCAUUGUUUAUGAUGAAGAUGGAAAUCCAGUUGAAGGUGUAGAGCUUGCUAUUAAAGGGAGGGAAUCUGUACCGUUCCGGUCGAGGAACCGUGGUGAAUACUACAGGAUACUAAUGCCUGGCACAUACACUAUACUGGUCAAGUAUGAAGGUUAUGCUUCAGUGUCAGAGACUUUCAAAGUUGUAAAUGGAGAAGUUACUCGACUUGAUAUUUUUCUAAAAAGGGAGACAAGUGAGGCUAGUAAAACAGUUUCCAUAUAUAACAUCCCUUUGAUUGUACCUCUCUUAUUUAGCAUUAUGAGAGUGUUUUGAUUAUUUUUUUAUGCC